CAUGGAGAAGAUGGCGUUGGAGUUGCAGGAGCUUGGCGCUAUGUGCACUCCAAGCGAAAUAAAAUCGAAAAUGCACAAUCUGACGGCGAGAUGUAGGAAGGAGAAGAAAGAAAUCGGACCAUCGGGUGGGGCACCUUCUAAAUGGCCUCUUUAUAUGGAGAUGCAUCAGCUUUUAGCACCGUAUAAAAGCUACAAUUCCGAAACCCUGGUCGAAGAAAGCACAAAUGGUGAGAUGCUUUGCAUUUUAGGCCCCUGGGAAAACCUCCGAGUAUAUUUCUGACAUGAAAAACCGCUUCUCAUAAAUAUAUUCGCCGUUCCGAGUCAGCGUAAAACUGUAGGUCCUUCCCUCCCCUUUGUGUGACAACACCAAGGCGCACGCCACGAAUCGGAGGAGAAGCUCGGCUGAAAACUAACAAAUUACGUUAGAGCCAAUCUAUUAUUAUCAGGUAUGUUCUGCAAAUGAUUUCAAAUCGGUGCGAUUUGCAAAUUAUUGUUGUAGGUA